AUGCCAUCUGGAAUUCAAAAUGCUUUUCUGGUAGCAGCAACAGGAGAAUUCAUAGCUGGAAUGUUGGGGAGCAGCUUCAUUGUACUGGUUAACUGCAUUGACUGCGUGAAGAAUCAAAAGCUCUCAUCAGCUAACUGCAUUCUCACCAGCCUGGCUAUCUCCAGAAUUGUUCUUCUUUGCAUAACACUAUUCAAUUCAUUUUUAACGGUGUUCCGGCCACAUCUUUAUGCCAUUGAUAAACUAGCAAGAUUCGUUAGUAUUUUUGGGACACUGAGCGAUCACCUAGCUGCCUGGUUUGCCAUAAGUGUUUUCUACUUUAAAAUAGCCAAUGUCUCCCAUCCCUGUUUCAUCUGGCUGAGGUGGAGAAUUAACAGAGUGCUACUUGUGCUUCCACUGGGGUCUUUAUUCUUACUGUCUUGCAACUUUGAAUUAUUAGAUACAUUUACUAAUUUCUGGGUCAAUGUCUAUCAAAGAUAUGAAAGAAACUCAACUUGGUCCCCAGAUGUAAGGAAAACUCUGUAUCUUAACAGCUUGAUUGUUUUCAGUUUCAUCUACUUAAUCCCCUUUCUGCUGUCCCUGACCUCACUGCUCCUUUUAUUUCUUUCCCUGAUGAGACAUACCAGGAAUGUGCAACUGAACUCCGGCUCUAGGGACUUCAGCAGAGAGGCCCAUAAGAAGGCCAUGAAAAUGGUGAUGUCUUUCCUUCUCCUCUCCACGGUUCAUUUUUCUUCCGUCCUUUUAACAGGUUGGAUUUUCCUUUUACUGCAGAAUUGUCAGGUCAAUUUGGUUGUCAUGUUAUUAUCAACUCUUUUUCCUUCAGGCCACUCAUUUAUUCUGAUUUUGGGAAACAGCAAGUUGAGAAAAACUGCUUUAGGACUACUGUGGCAUCUUAAUCGCCACUUGAAAAUGGUGAAACCUUAUCUUCAUAGACUUUUCCAGAAUUUCCUACAUCCCAAGAGAAUUAAAUUAAUGAAGAGACAUUGA